AUGCCGUUGGAUUGGCUUGAGCAACUAGCAGACAUCCCAGGUGUGACCCAGAGAAGCGAUAGCGUGCCCAAGGAGGCUUCCGGCUCUACCCGUCUGGGAUUCUCAGGAUCUCUCCUCAAGCCAUUCCUCUCAGCCCUCCCAGGUCCUGUGGUGGCACCAGGUGGGGAGGUGAUCUUCUGGUGCAAGAGGCCAUCACUGUUACAUGACUGGUUGGUGUCAUUCAAGCUACUGAAGGACGGGGCUGUGGAACCCUUACAGGAGAAGGACCUACACUUUACUCAAGCUGACUUCUCCCUGAAGUCUCUGAGGGUCCAGGACUCUGGGAACUAUAGCUGCAUUUACUCUGAGUCCUCUAGCCCUGAGGUCAAGUCUGAACCCAGUGAUUCCCUGGAGAUCUGGGUGACAGAUGCCCUUCCCAAACCCUCUCUCUCAGCCUGGCCUAGCCCUGUUGUGGCCUCAGGGGGGAACGUGACCCUCCUGUGUCGGGGUCCAUCCCGGGGCGUGAGGUUUGCUCUGUACAAGGAGGGAGAGGAGACACCAGUGGGCACCAGUGAGCCGACUCAAGAUGGAGCUGAAUUCCCUUUGGUCCAUGUGAGCAUCAACCAGACUGGGAAGUAUAGAUGCAGCUAUCUCCUGGGGACAGACAGCCCUGUCCUGGCCCCGCCCAGUGAUUUCCUGGAAGUUAUUCUACAAGAAGAACGGAAGGAACCUCUUCUCAGAAGAGAAAUCAAAAUCAUCCUCAUCACUGCCUUCAGCUGUGCCUCCAUACUCUUCCUCCUCUUCUUGAUCUUUGUUGGUCAUCAUUGCCACACCCAAACUGUGGUUUCACGUGGAGAGACCUCCAGAAGAUUCCCAAGUUGUCUGUGUUGUCCUUGGUUUGUCCGCUUCUCUUCCAAAUCUGGACCUCCCCAAGAAGAGACUGAGUAUGCUCAAGUGGCCAAGUCCAAGCACUGGAGGAUGUCUGUCCUUGAGGCUGAAGACCCCGAGGGACUGACCUAUAUCCAGCUGAAUGCACGGGCCCUGAAUAACCAGCACACAGCCCCUGGGAAGACGUCCCCUGAUCCGACAGAAUAUGCUACUCUCGCCCUGCAUUGA